AUGUCGGUGCGGGUAGGAAAGGGCGGCGCGGUGGGCCAGGAUGGGACGGCGAACGGGAAGCGGCAGGAGAUGCUGCAUCAGCUGCAGCCGCAGGGAGUCACAGCAGCAGGAAAGAAGCCGCCUCGCCGCGGCGGCACCGCCCCUCGCCCUAUCGGCAUUUCGCCGCAUUGGCCCGCGAAGCGCAAGAAGAAGUGCGGGCGGCGGUGCGGCGUGAUGAAUCGCCCCAUCGCCAUCUACCUGCUGUGGUACGGCGUGUUCUCCGACGCGCAGAAGGCGCUCGUGCGCGCCCUCAUCGCGUCGCUCAACCCGUCCGCCGAUGCUGCUCUCACUGUCCCACUCUGGUGGAACAUCAACCGCCUCUACUACGAUCGAGACAUGAACUACAUUUCAGGGAAUGUGACUGUAAGGGGCGAGGUGGAGGACACGGGGUAUUCCCAAGGGACCAUGCUGAGGGACUCCGCUGUGGAUACGAUCAUCCGUAACGCGGUUACCAGCAAGCAACUGCCGUUUGACAAGGACGGGGUGUACUUCGUGCUUUCAGACGAGACUGUCGAUCAGGUGUCAGAUGGGCUCGCCUUCUGCUCGGAUUACUGCGGUUGGCAUUGGUACACCAAGGUGCCGGGGCAGGGCCUGCUCGUGUCCUCUUGGGUUGGCAACGCCGGCUCCAAGUGUCGCUCCAGCUGUAUUGUCUCGCAGCUCUUCAGCGGCCCCGGCCACUCUCCCAACGGGGACGUGGGCAUGGAUGGGCUGCUGUCUGUGUUCGCCCAUGAGCUUGCAGAGGCCACCUCCGACCCGUUCAUGUCGGCGUGGUUCGACAGUGAUGGCGAGGAGAACGCCGACAAGUGCGCCUGGGAGUAA